AUGGCAUCGGCUGCUAGAACGGCUUCCCGGGCCUUCCUUCGCUCGACCCCCGCUACCUCUUCCUUCAGACCUGCUGCUCGCAGUGCUCGCUUUGCCCUGCCUUCUCAGGGCUUCCGUGCUGCCUCUCGCCGCGGCUAUGCCUCUGAGGCUGGCGAGGCCAAGUCCUCCAACAGCCUCCUCUGGGCUGGUAUUGCCGCUGCUGGUGGUGUUGGCGCCUACUUCUACCUGAAGGGUGGUGAUGCCUCCGUCAGCUCCAAGGAGUUUGUCCCCACCAAGGAGGACUACCAGAAGGUGUACGAUGCCGUUGCUCAGCGUCUCGCCAACGAGACCGACUAUGACGAUGGCAGCUAUGGACCCGUUCUUGUCCGUCUGGCAUGGCACGCAAGCGGUACCUACGACAAGGAGACCGGCACUGGUGGAAGCAACGGUGCCACCAUGAGAUUCGCCCCCGAGUCCGACCACGGCGCCAACGCUGGUCUCAAGCACGCCAGAGACUUCUUGGAGCCCAUCAAGGCCCAGUUCCCCUGGAUCACCUACUCCGACCUCUGGACCCUGGCUGGUGCCUGUGCCAUCCAGGAGCUUGGUGGCCCUGCCAUCCCCUGGAGACCUGGCCGUCAGGACAAGGACGUUGCUGCUUGCACCCCUGAUGGACGUCUCCCCGACGCCACCAAGGAGCAGUCGCACAUCCGUGACAUCUUCUACCGCAUGGGAUUCAACGACCAGGAGAUCGUUGCCCUGGUCGGAGCUCACUCCCUUGGUCGCGCCCACACUGACCGCUCUGGCUUCGACGGUCCCUGGGACUUCAGCCCUACCGUCUUCACCAACGAGUUCUUCCGUCUGUUGGUUGAGGAGAAGUGGCAGCAGCGCAAGUGGAACGGCCCCAAGCAGUUCACUGACAAGACCACUGGUACCCUGAUGAUGAUGCCCGCUGAUCUUGCCCUGACCAAGGACAAGGCGUUCCGCAAGUACGUCGAACUCUAUGCUAAGGACAGCGACCUCUUCUUCAAGGACUUCUCCAAUGUGUUCGUCAAGCUCCUUGAACUUGGUGUCCCCUUCAAGACUGAGGACCGCUAUGUCUUCAAGACCUCCGAGUAA